AUAGAAUAGCGCGGCUUUAAAACGUGUCGCAUCUAGCUCAUUUGGAAUACGCACUGGUUCAGCGAUCAGGUUGUCUAAGCCUCACGCUUAUUAUAUUUGCAAAUUGCUCUUGAUUUCUCUCAUCAUUGAAUGUAAGCGCAUUUUCAGUCGUUGGCUCACUUUAUUUCGUUGUUUUCUCUUCCAAAUUUUCUCACUAAUAUAGUAAAAGUACCUUCGUGCCAGAGGUGAAUAUACUGGAGGCUUGAAGUCGCACGUAUUUUGGUCACAUGUUGAAGCAGAAAGAAGAUGUACUUCUCAUGGUUAAGCAUGUACGGUAUAAGAAAGUAGAUGGGACCCUGUAUGUUAACUCAGGAAGAGUGGCUUGGCGUAACCAAACAUCUGAUAGUUUUCGCAUCAGUGCGAAAUUUGAAGAUAUUAGAAUACAGCGUAUUAGUCCGGACCAAAAGGAAAAAGUCCAGCUCCAGUUAUUAAUGCAUAGUGGGGAGUCUUUCACUUUCCAGUUUUCGGAUCCUGGAGGCAGGGAGAAGCAGCUUGAAAUGCGUAACAACGUGAAAGCAAUGCUACAAAACUUGCUACCCAAAUUUAAAGACAAGAUUGUUAGGGUUUGCUGUGCAACGCGUCGCUUUAGAAGUUUUUUAAUGAGAAGUUGGAGAAAUACUAACAAUAAUUUUCGCAUGGUGAACUGGACCGGAAAUCUUUAGAGUUCUGCGUGAAAGCGACUCUGGUCGACAUCUCUACGUGCUCAAGCCGAAUUAAAGGAAAAAUUUCGACUCCUCGAAUCAAACCCUGAGAUUUUGGCUUUAUACAAAGAAUUAGUUGUUAGUGGUAUACUUAGCUCGGAAGAGUUUUGGGCUCGACCAGAAUUUUCUCAUAAUAACUUUAAUUCAUCCCAGUGUCUGAAUAAUUCCACAGCUAAUAACAAAGCUUUUGGAACUACUGGGACAUCAGAAGCAACUCCUAACAAUGCAAAUAUGUUAUCUCAUAAUAAUCCGUCAAAUGGUCCUACUAGUCAGAUUUCACGAAGUUUCCAGUUAGACGACCGGCCUCAAAUUAUUGGAGUCCCCAGUUGUCUUUUGAGCGAUAUCAAGCCUGAAGCAGAUGGUGCCAAUGGAAUAAAAUACAACCUUACUCACGAAACAAUCAAUGCAAUAUUCCGAGCCUACCCUACUGUACGUGAUAAACAUCGAGAAAUGGUCCCUGAUAAAUUAUCUGAAGCUGACUUCUGGAUAAAGUUUUUUCAGUCUCAUUAUUUCCACCGUGACCGUGUUCACCUUCCGAAAAAUGAUAUAUUUGCUGAUUGCGCUGGUAUUGAUGAUAAACUUUUACUCAGCGAUAUACGGAAAUCAAGAGUCAACCGAAAUAAUGUCCAUCUUGAUUUACCUAAUCUUACCGAUUACGAUAUAGGACAAGGUUAUGGAAUCGAUCAAAUAUCUGGUCCGACAAAAAUAAAGUCAGCUGACUCAGUCUCGCAUCAGAGUGUAGAGAAUACCUUGAACGAACCUGCAAUCCCGAGCAAUUUAUCAGCAAAUCAGUUGUUACUUCGUCGUUUCAACAAUCAUUCGAUACUCGUUUUGAAAUCUCUUAGUUCAAAUGACUCAUCUUCAUCAAUUAAUAAUGCAUCUCAAAAUCCGAAAGAUGUGCUUAACUCUUGUCCUUUAAAAGACCGCGUGUACGUUAAAGAGCUGGUAGAAGAUCAAAAUCCUACAGAAAUCCAGUUAGACCUAACUUGUGUAACUGACUAUCUGGAGGGUCCUACCCCUAGCAUAGCUGGUAAAGCUACAAAGUUAAUGGAUCCGUUAUCAGUUACCCGGCAAACAGAUACUUCGUUUUAUGGAUUACAACUAGAGCAGUCAGUAAAGAAAUGUAAGAAUUUGAUGGUAGCUGCUUAUCACAUGGGGAAAAAGCCAGGCGUAUCACUUUUAACUGCACUUGAAUCUCAACAAGCACUAGCAGAUGUCUCACCUGGUGGUUGUCUCAUCGGUGGUAAACUUAAUAGUGAACGCACGAAACCAUGUGACUUAACUAGUGAUCAAUCAUCCUUACGUUUGUUCGAACCAGGGAGAAACAGUCGUAUUUCGAACUCUCCGAAAGUCUCUGAUGAACACCAUGCUGGUGACGAUGUCGAUCGUGGCCCGCCAUUACUCACACCAGAACAGGUUAAAGAUUUGUCACUUUUAUAUUCUAGUGCCGCUGAACUCUUAAGACACUUCUGGGCAUGUUUCCCUGUAACAACCCCACAACUAGCUGAUAAGUUAGAUCGUGUUGCUGCCAGUCUCGUUCGUUUUCGUACAACCAAGGUAACCCACUUCGCCGCUGGUGUUGAUCCAUCGUUGAGGACUAAGUCAGACACAUAUUCUUCUGAUUCAUCUGAGCAUCUACCUAACACAGGAAAUUCUGGGCCUAUUUCUUACCGUUCAAGUGUGACUAGUCACCUGGAAUCGAUGCUGGACUCCGCUCAAAAGAAGUAUUCUGAAUGGAAAACUCGGCAUUCGUAAUAAUGUAGAUAUCUGUACAGAUCAAAUUUUUUAAGAAUUUUGUUUGAAAUUUUCUGUCUCCAUUCCUGGUAAUUCACUAAUAUAAAUAAUUAGUUUCGUGACAUCAUGCUAAACUGUAUAUAUUUACUGUUCGGAUAUUAUUUGAAAAAUUAAUUGACAGAUUUUUCGUAACGACUUUUAGAUUUCUUUGCUUUUUGGAGGUUCUUUUUAUUAACUCUGGUAAUGUGAAUGGCGAAAAUAAGUUAAGGGUAAAGUGAUCCCAUCG